AUGUCGUCGAUGGGAUACACUAGUCAGAGGCGGAUAAACGACAACUACGAUGUAGUAGGCUUCAUCAGCAGCGGUACCUAUGGCAGGGUUUACAAGGCCCGGAACAAGUCUGGCCGAGGGGCUCAUCCUAUCUUAAGCCGAAACUCUGGCAGACCCAUAGAGGCGUUCGCAAUCAAGAAGUUCAAGCCCGACAAAGAAGGAGAGUUGCAAUACACGGGCAUCUCGCAGUCUGCUAUACGCGAAAUGGCUCUUUGCACAGAACUAUCCCACGAGAACGUUAUAUCGCUUGUCGAAAUCAUUCUGGAAUCUAAGUGCAUCUUCAUGGUGUUCGAAUACGCAGAACACGACCUCCUGCAGAUCAUCCACUGGCACACACAACAUCCUCGAACUCCUAUCCCCGCUCCAACUCUACGUUCUAUCAUGUAUCAGCUUCUUGAAGGGCUGCUCUACUUGCAUCGUAAUUGGGUACUGCAUCGAGAUCUCAAACCAGCCAAUAUCAUGGUCACCUCAGCAGGCUCGGUCAAGAUAGGUGAUUUGGGCCUCGCACGACUGUUCUACAAACCCCUUCAAGCUUUGUUCGGUGGUGAUAAGGUCGUGGUCACUAUUUGGUAUCGAGCACCUGAACUUCUUCUUGGAAGUCGACACUACACACCAGCAAUAGAUACAUGGGCAGUCGGCUGCAUAUUCGCCGAGCUUCUAAGCUUGCGCCCGAUCUUCAAAGGUGAGGAGGCAAAGCAAGAUUCGAAGAAGACAGUGCCAUUCCAGAGAAACCAAAUGGGAAAGAUUGCUGAAGUACUCGGUAUUCCAAGGAAGGAGAGCUGGCCACUUUUGCAGGCGAUGCCGGAGUAUCCUCAAUUACAGACUCUGGCGGCCGGCAAUCCUGCGGUUCAGCGACCGAUAACUCUUGACAAAUGGUGGGAUAAUCUCACUCGAAACAGCCAGUAUGCUGCAGCGAAUAUGCCUGCGCCACACCGGGAUGGACUAGCGAUGCUCAAGUCGCUACUCGAGUAUGAUCCUCUGCAUCGUCUGAGCGCUGAGAAUGCACUACAGCAUCCAUACUUCCUACACGACGAAAGCAAUAUUCCAGGCGCGCCUCCCAAGAACUGUUUUGAGGGUAUCGAGCACAAGUAUCCCCCUCGCAAGGUCAGUUCUGAAGACAACGACAUCAGAACAGGCUCUCUGCCAGGGACGAAGAGAAGUGGUCUACCAGACGACUCAUUUCUUAGACCACCCAAACGCGUCAAGGAGAUCUGA